CUCAUACUGCAACGCACUACCGGUGUUCUCGUUGCACGUACCGGUUAAUCGCAGUCGCAGCGGUUGUACCCGCAGCAGUCCGCGUACGUCCCGACCGCAUUUCCGUUCUCAGGACCGUCGUCGUGAACGCGUGCACGCGGUGACUUCCUUCGGCUGCUCGCACAGCUCCCGUCUGGUGGGCGACAGUGACACGCGCCUGUUGCCGGAAACAUGUUGAAAAUCGGAUUCUUAGGCGCCGGCAAAAUGGCCCAGGCGUUGGCCAAAGGAUUUCUAACGGCCGGUCUCACCAAAGGUGAACACAUCACGGCCAGCUGCGUGCCGCAAGACGUGCAGUGCGUGGAAGCGUUCAAGGAGCUCGGGUCCACGGUGACGUUCGACAACCGAGUGGUGGCCGAGAACUCGGACGUGCUGCUGUUGGCCGUCAAACCGUCGGUGGUCAAACCGGUGCUGGAGUUCGUCCGGCCGAAGAUCACGUCCAACCAUCUGUUGCUGUCCGUGGCCAUGGGCAUCACCGUUGACCAGUUGGAAAAGCUUUUGCCGGAUGGUUCGAAGGUAGUAAGAGUGAUGCCCAAUACUCCUGCGUUGGUUCAGUGCGGUGCUUCUGUGUACGUGCCGGGUAACCAUACGACAGACGAAGACAAUAAGCUGACGCAAAAACUGUUGUCGGCAGUAGGUACAGCGGAACGUGUACCAGAGUAUUUGAUGGACCCAAUCACCGCUCUUAGUGGUUCCGGUCCAGGUUACGUGUACGUGAUUAUUGAAGCAAUGGCCGACGGUGCCGUCCGUAUGGGCAUUCCUAGGGAUAUGGCGUACCGGUUAGCGUCGCAAACGGUCCUAGGUGCAGGGACUAUGGUUAGGGACACGCGAGAACAUCCAGGAAAACUGAAGGACGACGUCACAUCACCAGCGGGUUCCACGGCUGCCGGCCUCUGUGCUUUAGAAAAUGGCGGCAUAAGACAUGCAUUAAUCGAUGCAUUGGAAAAGGCCACAGAAAGAUGUAGAGAAACUUCAAAAGCACUCUGAUCCAAUCGAUUCUUCGCUACUAUUGUAAUCUAGUCUUAGCCACAAGCUUUUCUGGUUAAGUAAAUUUUAUAUUUUUAAUUUAUUAUUUAAUUUUUUACUAUUUUUUUGUUUUUAUUAUUGUUUAAAAUGUAAUUUUGUCUCGUGAUUUUAUUUUUUUUACCAAUUAUCAAAUUAUAUGAUUAGAUUUACCACUAUUUUUCGUUCUAUAAGAGUAAAUAUACCCAUGUUCUAUUCAUGUGCAAAUAUAAUAUCAAGGGAGUGAUUAUAAAAUAGCUGAUUUUUUAAAUAUGAAUUUAUAAGGGUAAAUGCCAGGAAGAAAUGUGAAUAAAUUUAAAAUAUUGAGUUGCAUCAAACUUUUUUUUGUAUAAAAAGUCGAAUAGUUAUAUAGGCUAAUAUAUAUUAUUACGAAAUAAUGUAGAUUAAUCGCUUUGGUCUAAUGAAUAUCUCGUAUACCUGUAUACAUAGUGUACUAUGACUUUAUUGCUAAAUCAGUCACUAGUUAACAGUGAACAAUUAAUAAAGGAAAACUCGAUAGUUAUAUCUUGAUUAUUAUAACAAAUAUUAUCAUUGAACCCGACCAAAACUGAUUUUGAAAUAAACGACAUUUGUACAAUA